AUGGUUAUCGAUUCUCCAAUAAUUAUUGUUUUGCCAAAAUGUACAACCAUAGGGUCUAUAAGGUUACCUAUCCGUAGCGGGCGUUCAACCGAAACAAAGCAUGCCGAUGAAUUUAAUAAUCAGUGCAAUAACCCCUUGUUGGAUCGAAGUCACAAAAUCGAAAACCAAAAAAAUCUUUUCGCGCAAAAGGAAUCGCGAAUGGUAUAA